AUUUUACAUAAACUGCUGCUGCUGCUGCUGCUGCUGCUGCUGCUUCUUCUUCUUCUUUUUCUUUAGAAGAACAAAUUGAAAUAGCAUCCUGCUUCAAAUCUUUUACACUUACACACAGCUCCUAAAACUGUCUUGUUACGGCUAACAAAACCAAAGCCAUUGUCGUCUCUAAAGAGUGCAGAGAACAAUGGGUGAUAGGGAUUUGAAGACAUGGGUAUCUGAUAAGCUCAUGUCAUUGCUGGGAUAUUCUCAGACAACAGUUGUUCAGUAUAUAAUUGGCAUAUCUAAGCAAGCAAAUUCCCCAACUGAUGUUCUGGGAAGGCUAUCAGAGUUUGGAUUUUCAGCAUCUUCAGAGACCCGUUCUUUCGCUGAGGAGCUUUUUUCUAGAGUACCCCAUAAACAAUCUGGUUUAAAUAAUUAUCAAAAGCAAGAAAGGGAAGCCGCUAUGCUGGCAAGGAAGCAAACAACAUAUGCAAUACUGGAUGCUGAUGAUGACGACGACAACAAUGGUGAUGCCAGUACUUCUGGAAAGACAUCCUCAAUUAUAGUUGCCUCUGAACGUAGAAGAGAUGAGUCACAUAAGAAGCGAUUCAGGAAAAAGAUUGAAAGUGAAGAGGAUGAAGACAAUGAGCAGGUCUCACAAAUGGUAAAUGAGAGAAAGGUUAAACAGAGGAUUUCCCAAGAUGAAGAGGAUGGUUCAGAGUCAGAGGAGGAAAGAUUGCAGGAUCAAAGGGAAAGGGAACAGUUGGAGCAAAAUAUAAGAGAACGCGAUGCUGCUGGAACUCGAAAUCUAACAGAGCCAAAGAUAACAAAGAAGGAGGCAGAAGAGGCAGUGCGAAGAUCACAUGCUUUGGAGGAAAAUGGAAUCGGCACUUUGAGAGAUGUAUCGAGGCAAGAAUAUCUUAAGAAAAGAGAACAAAAAAAAUUGGAAGAACUCAGGGAUGAUAUAGAAGAUGAACAAUAUCUAUUUACUGGUGUAAAGCUUACUGAAGCAGAAAAAAGUGAUAUAAGUUACAAGAAGAAAAUAUUUGAUCUUGUACAGAAGUCGUCAGAAGAUGUAGAUGAUACUACUGGGUAUAGAAUGCCAGAUGCAUAUGAUGAUCAAGUUAGGGGUGUUAAUCAGGAGAAGAGAUUUGCUACCGUUCAUCAGCGUUAUGGAGAUGGUGGUUCCAGUAGCAAAAUGAACCCCUUUCGCGAACAGGAGGAAUGGGAAGAAUAUCAGAUUGGAAAGGCUUCUUUGAAGUUUGGCUCAAGGAACAAGAAACAGACCUCUGAUGAUUAUCAGUUUGUGUUUGAAGACCAGAUUGAGUUUAUCAAGGCAUCAGUGAUGGAUGGUGACAAGUUUGAUGGUCAAUUACCAGCUGAGUCCCUGGAUAUCUCUGCGGAAAAAUCAGCUAUGGAGAAGAUUCAGGAGGAUCGAAAAAGUUUACCUAUAUACAAAUUCCGAGACGAUCUACUUGCGGCUAUUGAGGAACAUCAGGUUCUUGUUAUAGUGGGAGAAACCGGUUCAGGGAAAACCACACAGAUACCUCAAUAUCUUCACGAAGCUGGUUACACCAAGCGUGGAAAGGUUGGCUGUACGCAGCCAAGGCGGGUUGCAGCUAUGAGUGUUGCUGCCAGGGUUUCCCAAGAAAUGGGCGUCAAGCUUGGGCAUGAGGUGGGCUACUCCAUUCGAUUUGAAGACUGCACAUCAGAAAAGACUGUAUUGAAAUACAUGACCGAUGGAAUGCUCAUGCGAGAAUUCCUUGGUGAGCCGGAUUUAGCAAGCUACAGUGUAGUAAUGGUGGAUGAGGCUCAUGAAAGAACUUUGUCAACCGACAUUCUGUUUGGACUAGUUAAGGAUAUAGCCCGGUUUCGUCCCGAUUUGAAGUUGCUGAUCUCAAGUGCAACGCUUGAUGCUGAGAAAUUUAGUGAUUACUUUGAUCUUGCUCCAAUUUUUAAAAUUCCUGGUAGGAGGUUUCCUGUUGAGAUACACUACACAAAGGCACCAGAAGCUGAUUAUCUAGACGCAGCAAUUGUAACUGCGCUUCAAAUCCAUGUGACACAGCCACCUGGAGAUGUUUUAAUCUUUUUCACAGGUCAAGAGGAAAUAGAGACGGCUGAGGAGAUCUUGAAGCAUAGGACCAGAGGUUUGGGGACCAAAAUUGCAGAACUUAUCAUCUGCCCUAUAUAUGCAAAUUUACCAACUGAGCUUCAGUCCAAAAUAUUUGAUCCUACUCCAGAAGGGGCCCGGAAGGUUGUCCUUGCAACCAAUAUUGCCGAAACAUCUUUAACAAUUGAUGGGAUCAAGUAUGUCAUUGAUCCUGGCUUUUGCAAGAUGAAAUCAUAUAACCCUAGGACAGGGAUGGAAUCUUUGUUAGUAACACCUAUUUCUAAAGCUUCUGCCAUGCAACGUGCUGGUCGCUCUGGACGAACAGGUCCAGGAAAGUGUUUCCGGUUGUACACAGCCUACAAUUUCCAACAUGACUUGGAUGACAAUACGGUACCAGAAAUACAAAGAACAAACUUAGCAAAUGUUGUCCUCUCAUUGAAGAGUCUUGGAAUUCACGACUUGCUAAAUUUUGAUUUUAUGGAUCCCCCACCCUCCGAGGCAUUGCUAAAAGCCUUGGAACUCUUGUUUGCUCUAAGUGCACUAAAUAAACAUGGUGAGCUGACCAAAGUUGGUAGAAGGAUGGCUGAGUUCCCACUUGAUCCGAUGCUAUCUAAAAUGAUUGUCGCUUCUGACAAGUACAAGUGUUCAGAUGAGAUAAUUUCUAUUGCUGCUAUGCUUUCCAUUGGAAAUUCAAUAUUCUAUCGUCCAAAGGACAAACAAGUUCAUGCUGACAAUGCCAGGCUGAAUUUCCAUACUGGAAACGUGGGGGACCAUAUAGCUCUUCUGAAGGUGUAUAGCUCUUGGAAGGAAACUAACUACUCAACACAAUGGUGUUACGAGAAUUAUAUUCAGGUAAGGAGUAUGAAACGAGCUAGAGAUAUAAGAGAUCAGUUGGAGGGCCUACUAGAAAGGGUUGAAAUUGAGAUAGCUUCCGAUCCUAAUGAUGUAGAUGCCAUAAAGAAGUCCAUAACUUCUGGCUUUUUUCCUCAUUCUGCAAGGCUACAGAAGAAUGGGUCUUACAGAACAGUGAAACAUCCCCAGACAGUUAAUAUACACCCUAGUUCUGGGUUGUCUCAGGUCCUCCCGAGAUGGGUUAUAUACCAUGAGUUGGUUCUUACAACCAAGGAGUACAUGCGGCAGGUAACUGAGCUGAAACCAGAGUGGCUUGUAGAGAUAGCCCCACAUUAUUACCAGAUGAAGGAUGUUGAAGAUCCCGGGUCAAAGAAAAUGCCACGAGGGGAAGGACGUGCGUGACAGCCAAGUAUAUGAACAACAUUCUUAAUCCAAGGAGGAGAGAAUUGUAUAUACAAUUUUGUAAUAUGGAGUAAAUACUUAUAUUAACAAGUAGAGACAUAAGACGUAUUGUCAUGUCCGAAGCCAGUUUUCAAGAAAUUGUUCGCUUUUUUUAGUAAAAGCUGCAUUGGCAAAGGGAAACAGCUGUAAAACUUCAACUUUGUAGUAUUAUCCAAUGAUUAGUGCUUAUUAUUGCAUUGUAAUCAUUCUAACAGUAAUUUCAGCAGAAUAGAACUUCUGAUCA